ACUGAUAGCCACAGAAUGGACAAGAGGACAAUCCUCAAAAACGUUGUAGUUGUCAGUUUUGGAUUUUUGUUCCUGUUUACAUCUUUCCAGUCGUUAUCGAACUUGCAGAGUUCACUAAACAAGGAAGAUGGACUUGGUACCGGAGGACUGGCUAUUAUUUAUGGAGCUCUGGUAAUAUCGUGCAUGUUCUUCCCGGCAUUUAUUGUUGCACACUUGGGCUGUAAAUGGACUAUUGCUCUCGCCAUGAUAUGCUAUAUUGUGUACAUGGCUGCUAAUUUCUAUGCUGUCUGGGGGACAAUGGCUGUGGCUUCAGUGAUUGUGGGGCUCGGUGCUGCUCCGUUGUGGUCUGCAAAGUGUACCUACUUAACACAAGCUGCCGUUUGGUAUGCAAAACACACAGGUGCCACCGAAGAUGACGUAAUUAACAGGUUCUUCGGAUUCUUCUUCAUGGUUUUCCAGACAAGUCAAGUAUGGGGAAAUUUAAUUUCAUCAACUGUCUUCAGUCAGCGCCCUGACAAUAUUACUCUUCCGACGCCUGAAGAACUAGAACGAUGUGGGGCUUCAUUUGACCCCGCAUUACCCGUGAAUAAUUCUAACCUUGCCAGGCCACCAAUUGAAAAGGUUUACAUCGUCUGCGGAAUAUAUAUUGCCUGUGGUUGCGUGGCUUUUCUCAUCAUCGCCGGACUCCUGGAUCCUAUUACUUUGGACAAGGACAAAGAUACAUCCGAGAGGGACAGGAAGUUGUCCUCUGAUCUGUUUAUCGCAACCUUCCGUCAUUGGUGGAAUUCUCCUUACCAGAAGCUCUUGACGACCCUCACCAUUUACAGUGGAAUUGAACAGGCCUUCAUUACUGGUGAUUACACUAAGUCCUACAUCAGCUGUACUCUUGGUAUUUGGAAUGUGGGCUAUGUCAUGAUUUGUUACGGCGUUGUAGACGCUGCCUGCUCCUUCACAUUUGGACGUCUUGUACAGUAUGUUGGACAUAUCCCAUUCUUUGUCUUAGCAUUCUUUGUGCACGGCGGUACGUUGAUAGCACUUUUGUUGUGGCAGCCUAACCCAGAUCAAGAAUAUCUCUUCUACAUCUUUGCUGCGUUAUGGGGAAUGGGAGAUGCUGUUAUACAGACACAGAUCAACGCUUUGUACGGAUACCUCUUUACGAAAAGCACAGAAGCUGGUUUCGCAAAUUAUCGUCUUUGGGAAUCAUUUGGAUUUAUCAUGGCUUUCGGAUACAGCGCUCAUCUCCAGACAAAAAUCAAAAUGUACGUAGCGAUGGCAUGGCUCGUCAUAGGAAUGCUUAUGUACAGUUUUGUUGAAUUCGGUGACAGGCGUGCGAAAAAAUAUAGCCAUGACAUUAAGACUAAGUUGUGA